CUGUAAAUUUACUGUAUACUAAGAAUUGUAACACUUGAGUCUAUUUUUAUUUAUUUUUAGCAGGAAAAAUCCCAUCCAAGUUCUCUAUGAGUUAUGAAAGCGCAAGAGCCUCUGAGCAAUAUGAUUUCCGCAGAUCACCUGUUGGAAAGAAAACAAAAAAUCACACGACAUCCCUUAAUAAUAUUCACCAUAAAUAUUAAAAGCAGAGAAAAUGGAGACUUUUACUUGAGUCUCCUGCUUUUCAGAAUUAUAUUUGUGAGGAAAGGACCCCAGUAAUUUCACAUGUGUCUAGAGUCCAGAAGAGAUCUCAAAAUGUCUCAAACUGCACUCAGAUUUCCCAAGAUCCUAAAGUCUAAAAUCAAAUGCCAGAGAUCUCAGUAUAAACUCAAAUAUUUCUCAUCAACUGAUUUGAGCUAUGUUACUUGCAUUUCUUUUAUAGUUCCAUAUAUCUACUGCAAAAUCCAAAAUGAAACAGAUACAUUUGAGAUCUCCAGAGUUAUGUAAGAGCAACCUCUAAACAAUAUCAAUUUCCCUAAAAAUAAACCACUUAUACAGAAAAUCACACAAAUCGCAUAUGACUUUUAAAUAAACAUUGCGUGAUCCUAGAGGUGGAGGGAGAUGAAUUAGGGAAGUGCCACAAUCCUUGCCCUUUGUGCAUGGAGAUAUUCAUGAGUUGUUUUUUCCUCACAAGCUCAAAGUUCACGGUCAGCUCUAACAGGUGGAGCACUUCCGAUCCAUUCGUGUCCACCUACAGCUCGCAGGUCUGGCUUCCCCGUUCGCUUCUGCGAGUGUCACAGAGGUGUCUGGUGACCAUUGUUUUCUCUCAUCUCACACUCACACUCAACUAAUGGACUGCUUUGCCCCUCCCCUCCGUUUCUCCAUCUCGGACUGGGAGGUUCCCCUGGGCCCUGCUACAUGGCUCAAUAGCUCAGCUCCUGGAUGGGAUCAUAACCCUGAGUGCUGGCCAAGAGAAGAGCUGCUUCUCCUCACACCCGGAGUUCCUGCUGCAGGGUGGAGUUUCUCCCAGGAUAACAAACUCACUCGAGCCUCACCAUGGUUGACCGUAGGGUGGCCGCGGUUGUGGUUAUGCUUCUAGUCCUGGUUGCACCAGCCCUGAGCGGAUGCCCAAGUGCCUGCCGCUGCUCCUUCGCCAUGCUUCAAUGCCUGGAGCCAGACGGAAUCAGCAGCAUCCCUGCGUUGGCAGCACAGGAGAGCGAAAAUGUCACUGAAAUCUACAUAGAGAGUCAAGUCAACCUGGAGAACAUCACAGACAUAGACUUCACCAACUACAGAGAACUGAAGAACCUGACAAUCACUGCUUGUGGGUUGGUGUACAUCUCUGAAAAUGCAUUCCAGCACAAUUUUAAGCUGCAGUAUGUAAACCUGGCCUCAAAUUUUCUGGUGCACAUCAGUUGGAGGGUGUUCCAAUCGGUCCCUCUGUUGAGUCUAAUCUUGAGGGACAAUCGGCUUACGUGCUCAUGUGACAUUUACUGGCUUCAGCAGUGGCACAGAAAAAGACAAAGUGACACGGAUUUUCAACAAAACUGCAUGUACAAUGGCAACAACAUUCAGCUGGAUUCAUUUGAAAUGGAUAACUGCAGCAUUCCUGAGGUCACAAUUCACCCAUCGACACUGACCACUCAAGAAGGUGGAAAUCUGACAUUUACCUGUCUAGUGACUGGAGUACCAACACCGACGAUCCGCUGGAGAACAGAGCACCUACAGUCCAACUGGAACCUGCAGCAAGGAAUCUGGGGUUCAACCCUGGAGCUGGUUCUCCACAUGAGGAACGUGUCAUCUAAAGACAACCUGCACAACCUCACCUGUGAGGCGGAGAAUCGUGCUGGAAUGGGAGAAGACAUGGUGCAGCUAGACAUUGAAUUUCCAGUGCGGCUCUUGUUUCUAAAUGACCCAGAACCACAACAUCACUGGUGUAUCCCAUUCGCUGUGGACAGCAAUCCUCCCGCCACCUUCAAAUGGCUGUACAACAACAUGACUCUCGCCGAAACACUCUACACCUACACCGAACUGAUCAGAGAUGCAGCCGAUGGCUCCAUUCAACACGGCUGUCUGUUCCUCAACAAGCCCACCCACAUCAACAACGGCAACUACACGCUCAUCGUGGAGAAUAAACUGGGUAGAGACCAGGCAACGGUAAACGGGAAGUUCAUGGAUAAUCCUUUUGACCCGUUUGACCAGGAAGGCAUCAUUCCUGUCCUCACUGUUGACCCAACAGCUCCCACUAACCAAUCAACGGAGACGGAGAAACUGGAGAGCAGAGUGUUUGGGGUGUCAGUAGCGGUGGGUCUUGCUGUGUUCGCGUGCACAUUUCUGCUCAUCAUGGUUGUCGUCAUCAAUAAAUGUGGACAGCAUUCCAAGUUUGGCAUCCACCGUUCAUCUGUUCUCUGCACUGAGGAUGAUUUGGCCAUAUCUCUUCGCUUCAUGAACUUCGGUGCAAGUCCUCUGUCUUCAGAUGAUGGCACGCUGGACUCUGGUUUGUCUAGUUUUGUAGAGAACCCGCAGUACUUCUGUGGCAUCAUCAAAGAAAAAGACAUGUGUGUCCAGCACAUUAAAAGAAAAGACAUUGUUUUGAAGUGGGAACUGGGUGAAGGAGCUUUUGGCAAAGUUUACCUGGCGGAAUGUGCCAAUCUCUGUCCUGAUACUGACAAGAUGCUGGUUGCUAUCAAGACCUUGAAAGUCACCAACGAGUCCACCCGGCAGGACUUCCAGCGCGAGGCCGAGCUGCUCACGGUGCUACAGCAUGAACACAUAGUGCGCUUCUACGGCGUGUGUGCAGACGGAGAACCUCUGGCCAUGGUGUUUGAGUACAUGCGACACGGAGACCUCAACCGCUUUCUAAGGGCUCAUGGUCCAGAUGCUCGUAUCCUGGACGAGAUGAAGAUUCCUCCGAUGAGUCAAUUGACUCUUCCUCAGAUGCUCCACAUCGCAGCUCAGAUCGCCUCGGGCAUGGUGUACCUCGCUUCCCUUCAUUUCGUCCACAGAGACCUGGCCACCAGGAACUGUUUGGUUGGAGAAGGGCUGGUGGUGAAGAUCGGGGACUUUGGGAUGUCGAGAGACAUUUACAGCACUGAUUACUACAGGGUCGGUGGGAGGACGAUGCUGCCCAUUCGCUGGAUGCCACCAGAAAGCAUCAUGUACAGGAAGUUCACCACGGAGAGUGACAUCUGGAGCUUUGGAGUGGUCCUUUGGGAAAUCUUCACCUACGGCAAACAACCCUGGUAUCAGCUAUCCAACAGUGAGGCCAUUGAGUGCAUCACACAGGGGCGAGAGCUUGAACGGCCUCGUACCUGCCCGAAGGAAGUGCAUCUCCUCAUGCAGGGCUGCUGGCAGAGAGAACCACAGCAGAGGCUCGUCAUCAAGGACAUCUACAGCCGGCUCGUGGCCCUCGUCAAGAACCCGCCAGACUAUCUGGACAUCCUGGAGUAACAGCACCCUGAUCGGACCUGCAUGGAAAAGACAUACUUCUGGAAGCAGGCUGUUUGAGGAGAAAAAUCAGUGGUGGGUUUUGGAGGGACACAAUUCACAAACUGUCUCAGAUGUGCAGUAUGAACGUUUCCGGUGUUUGUUGAUGUGUAUGUUUUAAUCCACUGGAGAUGUAAGAUUGUGUCCAUGUGUUUCAAUUUAAAAAAAAAAAAAAAGUAAGAGAAACGGACUGAGUAAAUGGACAGUGGAUACUUUGAAUAUGCAUUAGUGGAAAUUGCUCACAGAUCUUUAUGACUCACCCUGAAGAGGCACUAGAUUUUUUAUAUGAGGAUACUGAUGUCAAGGUCUUGUAAUUAAAGGUCAUUAAAGGUGAAGUGUGUAAUUUUUCUCAACCCAGUCUAUAUGCAGAGACACUGUAGGUUGAUUUCUCCAAUAAAUGUAAAAACCGUGGCUCUGUUUGUUUGAGCAUCCCCGCCUGACAUAGCAACAGCGCCUCAACCAAUGGCAUGAGUUUGGGGGUGGGACUUGCUGUUUGUCUGACCAACGGGAAGAGUGGAAACCUUGGCUUGUAUUACAGAAUCAUCCUAACCCAUAAUCAUAUUCUGUUUACAAGAUUUCUGCAAGAUUUCUGAAGGUCAAUUUAAGACUUUUUAGGACUCUUUUCAGACUACCUACUGAUCACACUGCAAAAUUAAAAAUUAAAUAAUAAUAAUAAUAAUAAUGUUCUUCCAUAGUAUUUUUGUCUUAUUUUCCAGUGCAAAUGUCUAAAGAUUCAUAAAUCAAUAAGAUACAUUUACUUUGUAUUUACUACAAAAGAAGUCUUGUCUUCUGAGAAAUGUAUAAAAAUAAAGUGAGUUUAUGAUUAAAACAAGAACAAACAUCUACCAGUGAGCUCAAUUCAAAGAGAGAAAAAACUAUACCCCACAGUUAGAUAUUUGUUCUUGUUUUCAGCAUAACCUCACUCUGUUCAAUUUGUCACAAAACCAGAUUUCAAACCUUCAUUUUGCAUCUCGAGUAAAUACAGUAUAUCUUGAUUUAAGAAUAUUUAGAUGUUUUCCUGGAAAACAAGACAAAAAUAAUUUUUCCUGCAGCAACAUUUGCUAAAUUUAAUGGCAUGAUUAAUGAAUUCAAGACUUUCUACUCCUGGUUUAGAAACUAGACAAGUUAACUUAGGAAUUCAAAUCUUAAGACAAUAAUUACAAUAGAAGGUAUCUUUAAUAAAGCUUAUUUUAGCAUUUGGUUCUCUUAAUGUUACAUUUAUUACAUACUUCACCUUUAACCAUCAUGUGCUCCCAAACAAAGACUCUUAAGUUGCUGUGUUUACACGUUGUGCCAAUCUGACUGCAUUUCUUUUCAGUGUCUUGCGAUUAUGGAUAUACUACAUCAAUUUGUUAUGUGUGAUCUACACAUGCAUGUAUUGUACAUCUCUCCAUGUUUAACAGCAACAUCCUGUUAUAGCUCAGAGUUCUGAUUUAUUUUCUAUAUCAAAGGCAUCAACAAGGUCAGCGACAACACAACAGUGGAGACACGUGGGCUGUGUACGGAAUGGAGUACUUACGUACUGUAUAGGCUAUUAUUUAUUUGAAACUGUAUAAAGUAUGGAACGGAAAACUUUUCAA